UGGAAACUGCGUGUACAAUGUCCUGGGUAUGUUACUCAAAAUGGCCUCGUUGGUUUGUUACAAGUAGGAAUGUUUCUUUGUCGGAUAAGUGUUUCUCUCGCUGUUGUUUCACUUUAGAAUGGCUGAUAUGGUAAUUGUCUUCAUUUGUUAAUCAAUGGGGAAUGUCAUUGUGUCUUGUGAUGCUGGGAACUUGGGGGAGGGGUUUUCGCGGGUUUUUUUGGGGAGGCCGAGGAAGACGCUGAGGAAGGUGGACGUGUGCUGGACUGCUCGUAAGACCACCGGGGUGGUCCCAGGUGCGACGGCCGGAUGGGUCGAUUGGUUCGUGGAUUGAGCUCCAACGAGUGCACUAAACAGACUGAACUUUGAUAAGUUGGCGCCUUUUGUUUUUUCCUUGUGUAUAUAUAUAUAUAUAUAAAUAUUGUAUUGCCUACUAUUUUUUUAAUUUUAGUAAACUCUUUAAAGUGUAUUUCAUAACGGUAUUUGUUGUGGGUUUGAUACUGUUGGCGGGCGCGAGGCAUAAACUCGAUUCUCACAGCACCUGCGUGUACGGGAGGCGGGUUGGAGAGUGGCUGGAUCUCCUUUUUCCCCUAGGCAUAUACCAGCCUGUGGGUAAGGGUUACAUUUGUGGGGUGCUCGUCCCGGAUUGGAUUGUCAGGGGCUGUGGAAUCGCGCAGGCAGCAGAGCGGAGAUGGACAGAGAUAAGAUUGUUCGUUGGUGCCAGUUUGAAGGUGUACCAGUACAGUACGCAUGCGUAGUGAGCAGAGUGGAUGUUCGAGUUUCGGGAGACGCGAUAGUGCGGGGUUUAAGUUCGGUGAAGGGUAUUGGGCAGGUAGAAUUGGUAGCUAGACGGUGUGGUAAAGAGGUAGAGUCUAGCUGGGUGUUGGUUCGUACGAGUGCUGAAGUCAGGGCGGUGGAACUGCCGGCGACGGUCAGUGUACCGGGGGAGGAGGGGCCGUGGGGGCUCCACUCCUACCAGGUUGAGGCUGAGGAGACAUCGGGGGAAGAGCUAGAGCUAGAGGUGGACCCCAGAGAGGUGCCCGGCACUAGUAAAGGAAGGUGGGAGGAGGGAGUCGUGACUAAGCCCCGCUCCCCAGGUAGGGUGGAAGCCUCGGAGCUGGCAUUCGCACUUAAUUCCCUGGUGGGAGUGGCUGAGAAGCCAUGGCUGAAGCUGGGGGUGUUCUCCGGAGCCAAGCCUACUCCGGAUGGGGAGGUGGACUAUGAGACCUGGAUCGAGCAUACGUCUUUGAUGUUAGAGGAGUGGCCAGGCUCAGAGGAGGAGAAGAGGCAGCGAUUAGUGGGAAGUUUGAGGGGUUUAGCAGCCAAAAUCGUCCGGGAGUUGAAAGCUGAGAAGCCUGAGGCCUCAGUGGAGGAAUGCCUAGAAGUUUUGGAGGGAGCGUUUGGGUUGUCAGGGGAACCCUGGCUGCUUUUAGCAGAGUUUCAACGCCUGGAACAAUGGAGAGGGGAAAAGCUCUCCGAGUACAUAUUUAGGAUGGAGGGGAUGCUCUCGGGGCUGCGGCGCCGGGGGGUAGUGAAGGCGACUGACGUGGCUAGCGUGAGGAUGAGUCAGCUAUUCAGUGGCUCUCUGGAGGAGGACAAAGUGGCGUGGACUAUCUGGCAGGCUUAUAGGAAAGGUCCCCUUCCAUCCUUCGGGCAACUGAUUAGAGAGGUGCGAGAGGAAGAGAGAGCGUUGGGGCGGAAAAGGGGCACGGGCCUACGGGAGCAAUCCUCAGCGAUACAGGAAGUGGUGGCUGAGUGGAGGAAUGACAAACCCCUGGGGAGUAGGGAACCCCCUUUGGAGGGGAGGGACAGGGGAGGUACCUACUCUCAGGGGCGAUCAGUGCAGUGGAUUGGGAGCAGGAGCCGUCCUGGGAGAGGAGGGGCGGCCGGCAGUGUGUGCUUUAACUGUGGGAAAGAGGGGCAUUUCAGGCAGGACUGUGGAAGGCCGAGGGUGUGCUAUAGCUGUGGAGAGGAGGGUCACUUUAGGUGGGAUUGUGAGAGACAAGGAGUCCCGCGGAGGACAAGCCCCCCUGAAGAAGGGAGAGGUGUCGGGGAAACUUAGGAGAGGCUCAGUGAGGAACACGUUCCCAGAGAUCAGCCGGAAGACCACCGGGUGCCCACGCCUCUGUUCCGGAUGGGCUGGUAGGACCCCGUGCCAGUGUGGGUCUACGGAUAGAGGGAAUUUACGCAAAAGCCGUUCUUGAUACGGGAUCGCAGGUGACCUUAUUGUACCAGUCUUUCUACAAUCAAUAUCUAAAGCAUUUGCCCGUAACCCCAUUUGACGCCCUGCAGAUUUGGGGUGUACCCGUACGAUGGGUACCUAUCGGUGAGAUUGGAGUUCUUGGAGGGCGAUGUGGGAGUGUCGGAAGCUAUUGAGACGUUGGUGUUGGUGUGUCCUGACCCAGUGGAAACCGGUGGUGCUGCCCUCCUGGUGGGGACUAACUCCCCAGUUGUGCGACGGCUCCUGGGAGCUUGUAAGGAGAGAGGGGGGGAAGACUUUCUGGAGACCCUCUCGGUGCAUCCAGUGUUUCGAGCAGUGUUCGCAGAAGGGGAUGCCUCCCAAGGGCUGGACCCGGAGUGUAAACGAGGGACGGUGUGGUGUACGCAGGCGAGGCCCAAGGUGAUCCGACCCGGGGAGGUAGCCCUAGUGAUGGGGACCCCCAGAUUCCCAGGAGUGCCGACGGGAGAAGCCCUGUUAGUAGACGCCCCAGACGAUCUUGAAGGGGGGACACGAUUUCCGGCGGGGGCGCUGGUGAGGCCCAAAGUGCGGAGACCAGGGGUGGUACAUACGAGGCGUAUAGCUAUAAGUGUCAGGAACACCACGGCAGGAGAAAUCACCUUUAAGAGGGGAAUGCCGCUGGCACAUCUGUUCCCGGUGACGGUAAUGUCCAGCGCACCAGUGCGGACCCCUAACGGGGAGGGAUCGGAGCAUCGAAGGGAGCUGACCGCUGAAGCCUUUAACUUCGGGGAUUCCCCAGUGUCGCCGGAGUGGAAACGCAGGCUAGUGGAGAAGAUGCUGAAGAUGGAAGCUGUUUUUUUCUCGGGGCGAGUUUGAUGUUGGCUGCUCCAAAAGCACUCGCCACACCAUCCGGGUGACGGAGGACACCCCGUUCUGAGAGAGAUCCCAGCGGCUGGCUCCGGCAGAUGUUGAGGACGUGCGACAGCACUUGUGCAAGUUGAAGGAGGCCGGAAUCAUAGCUGAGUCUCAAAGUCCUUAUGCGUCCCCAAUAGUGGUGGCACGAAAGAAGAAUGGGCGAGU